GGUCAAGCGCCUCUGCCAAUAGGGCCUUUUCGCCUUGCGGGAGUACGGAGGUAGCCGCCUAUAAUUAGAGGCGUGGAUGCGUACAGGGAUCGGUAUUUGCUUUUGUGGCUCAAGUGUCGACCUUCAACUUUCCAAUGAGAGCCUGUUUUCCAACUUAAACACACCUCCCAUCGCAUUCCCCGCGAAAAUAGCCCGACGUGCUUAUUCGCUUCAUUAAUACCUCCUUUUUUGCUUCGGUUGUUCGCAUCCCCGUUCUCUGUUGCAAGCGAUCCAAUCGUGGACGGGCGAUCCGGGGAGUAGCAGCCGCACUCGAUCAGGUCAAGCCCUUCCUCCCGCCGACACAGGCCACCGACGCCGUCGCUGCCAUCAUCAUGGACGAGAAGCGCGCCAUGUCGCCGAUCAGACCGAGUUGCCCAUCCCGCCGCACACGCCUGCCUAUCACCCUAGCUCUCGCCGGCCUCUGUCUCUACCUCUUCUACCACGUCCACAUCUACGUCCACCCGCUGCCCACCAUCGCCGACCCGGACCGAUGGUAUGGCGCGCCCGCAAGCGAACCCACAUCGCCAGUCCAGGCGAGCCGCAAGCUGGUCCCCUUGGAGGCGCAUAUCAUGAGCAAAUGCCCGGAUGCAAGGGAUUGCCUGAGGGACAUGGUUCUUCCCGCGAUGAUGCGUGUACACGAUAAAGUCAACUUCACUUUAUCGUUUAUUGGGACACCGACCGAGAACGAUGGCGUCAGCUGCAAACACGGUCCGGCCGAGUGCUUAGGAAACAUCCUCGAGCUCUGCGCUCAGAGGCUCUACCCCGAUCCGAAGACCUACCUCGGUUUUGUCAUGUGCCUGACGAGGAAUUACAAGGAGAUUCCCCAGCGGACCUUGAUUGAGGACUGUGCGCUGGAGCAUGCCAUCGACUUCGACGAGUUGAAUGACUGCGCGGCAGAGGACGACGGUGCUCUCGGGAUGGGCAUGCUGCGAGACAGCGUGCGGAGGACGCUGGCGUGACCAAGAGCUGUACCGUGCGCCUCGACGAGAAGGUCUACUGCAUCCGCGAC